AUGGAGGGCAGUGGGGCUGAAAUUGGUGACGAAAAUGGUGAAGGUAGUCGCGAGGUUGAAGGAGAAGAAGAAGAAGACUUCAUAUGGAGGUACGAACCACAAUGCUCCUCCGACGAAGAGGAGGGUGGUGAGGAUCGUUUCACAACCCCAAAAAAGCGAACGGUUGUAACUGCCUACGGGGAAGAGGAGGAAGUUCUUGAAUUGAAGGUUGGUAUGGUGUUUCCUGGUUGGGAGGAGAUUGAACAACAGUUUAGGGGGUAUACCAAACAAAAGGGUUUUGGUGUUGCCCGUCGUUGUGGUUCGUUGAAAUCUUCGGUUAGCCACACAAAGGAUGGUUCUGAUAAAGAGAAAGGAAUCGGGAAAGAGAAGCGUAAUUGUUUGUGGACUUGUGAGUGCUAUGGUGUGCCGGAAAGAAGGCGCAAGGUGAUUGGGGAUAAGGUUGCAUGCGAUUCACAACUCCAUGAAGUAAUUGGGAGUGGGGAGAGGAAGGCUAGGGCUAGUGGUGGUGAUGCGAAGGCAAUGUUUGACUAUUUUAAGAAGACGAAAGCAGAUAAUUCUGAUUUUUUUCACGUGUACCGGCAAGGUGCAAAUGGGAUGUUGCAGGAUGUUUUAUGGGUUGAUGCUCGUAGUAGAGCUGCUUAUGAGGAGUUUGGUGAUGUUGUCUUCUUUGAUAGUACGUACUUAACCAAUAAAUAUAAAAUGCCGUUUGCAAACUUUGUUGGUGCAAAUCAUCAUGGUCAGAGCAUAUUACUUGGAUGUGCGCUUGUUUCGCAUGAAAAUAGUGACACAUUCGAGUGGAUUUUCGGUAAUUGGUUAGAAUGUAUGGGUGGUAAAGCCACAAUUGGGAUCUUGACUGAUCAAGAUCCCGCGAUGAGGAGGGCUUUGAGAUCAACCAUGAGCGAUACAUGUCAUAGGUGGUGCAUAUGGCACAUUCUUCAAAAGUUUAGUAGGAAGCUUGGAACGCCUUUAGAGUACCCCGAUUUAAAGGUAGACUUGGAGCGGGCAAUAUAUGAUAGUCUAACAUGUGAUGAGUUCGAAUUAAAUUGGGCAACAGUUAUGGAGAGGUACCAGGCAGAUGAUGAUUGGCUUGAAGGGUUGUAUGCGGAAAGGAACAUGUGGGUUCCUGCCUAUGUGAAGCAUUUAUUUUGGGCUGGCAUGAAGACUUCCCAACGAGUUGAAAGUAUAAACAACUUUUUUGACCAAUAUGUACACAGGCAUACUCAUUUGUAUGAGUUUGUUGAGGCUUACUGUGAACACUACUAG